GCAUCUCCCGCUGAUCGCGUUCCUUUCUGCCAAAACCCCUUCAAACACGACUUCUCCCAACACCGCGACACUUCCACCAGACAGAUCUACUGCCAGGCACCGAAUCCUGGCUCCAACCAUUACCAUUCCCAAUAUUCCACUACAACCAUCUAUGGGCUCUGCUUCCUUCGCCGCGACCGCUUUCCUACCCACCGCUCAGCUUACCGCAGUUGGCACCUUCUUCCCCUACACCGCACUGAGCUCAGGCCUGAGAAAGACGGACGCCUCCUUCGCGUCGCUGGUUCGGCUAGGGGUAGGAGUUCCGCCGUGAAUCCUCGCGGCGGACUGUAAUAUUGGUUUGCCCAAGACCGGCGUUGGAUAAUACGGGCGCAGCUUGGAGAGUGACGACUCUUUAUCGCAUUACCCCUCACUACCGUUACCAUGGUUUUCGCAUUCGACCAGAACGAUGCCCAACUUCCGGCCAACGCGCCGCGAAACCCUGAGCCUGCCAUUCCCGAAAACGACAUGUUCGCUCCGGGACCAAUGGACAUGAGCCCACCCAAAGCGCCCCUCCACGUAGGAACCCCGCCGAUCAACAUCGUCAGCCCUAUGCCACAGCGCGCAGUGCAGCCCGGCCCCGAAGGCAAGCAGCAGGGACCAGACAAGUUGGAUUUCGACGCUGUGUUCAAGAAGGCCCAGAAGAACAAGAAGAAGAAAAAGAAGGGUCUGAAAGCAGGACUACAAGCUACAAGCGUCACCCGGGGUUUUCACACUCCAGUCACGUCUGGUGGGGAGGAGUCGGACUAUUCUCUCGCGACCACCCCGCGCUUCGGACCUGUGCGCUCUGGACUGCCCAGCGUUACCAGCAGCCCGGCGCUUCGACCCCAGUCCACCGCGGGAGGCAUCAGCAACCUCAAAGCCCAGCUGGAGGCGCUGAACCUAGGCCCACGGAGCGAUUCACCCAUGAAGGAUUCCCCAGGAAAGGGUGUCGCUAUGAGCAGGGUCACAUCGCAGUUGUCGAGCAACACCAGCAUGUCUGGCCGGGAAAGUGACAGUGACCGCACGGAGAUGGAGAGCUACGAGAUCGACCUCAACGCAGAGGACUUCAGCAUUGACACGCUCUCCAAGACUUCGACCAUGUUGAACAGUGGCAUGGCGCGCAAGAUGACGGCCGAGGAUUUUGAGCCGUUGAUGUGUCUGGGUAAGGGCAGCUAUGGCACUGUCUUGCUGGUUAGGCAGCGCGCGACAGGCCGCCUUUUCGCGCAGAAGCAGUUCAAGAAGGCUUCCAUUACUGUGCAUAAGAAGCUCAUCGAACAGACCAAGACGGAGCGAAAUGUCCUAGAGAGUGUGAACCGCCACCCGUUUAUCGUCAACUUUUACUAUGCCUUCCAGGACCAGGAGAAGCUGUACCUCAUUCUCGAGUAUGCCCAAGGAGGCGAGCUGUUCCACCACCUUGCUGCUGAGCGCAUGUUCUCCGAAGAUGUGGCUGCUUUUUACAUGGCUGAAAUGGUGCUUGCGCUCGACCACCUUCACCGCACAGUCGGCGUCAUCUACCGCGACCUCAAGCCAGAGAACUGCCUACUAGACUCCGAGGGCCACUUGCUUCUUACCGACUUCGGCCUCAGCAAAGUCAGUCUUGACGAAGAUAGCCCUUGCCGCUCCAUCCUCGGUACCGUAGAAUACAUGGCCCCGGAGGUGGUCCAAGGUCACGAGUACGGCGCGGCAGUCGACUGGUGGUCCCUGGGCGCACUUGGCUUCGAUCUUCUCACUGGCGCUCCUCCGUUCACGGGUAACAACAACGCCAAGAUCCAGGAAAAGAUUGUAAAGCAGAAACUCGCACUGCCCUACUACCUCAGCGCCGACGCCAAGGACCUCCUCACUCGCCUCCUUCGCAAAGACCCCAAGAAGCGCCUAGGUUUCAACAUGGCCAAGGACCUGCCGAAUAUCAAGAAACAUAGGUUCUUCCGCAAGAUCGAUUGGAAGAAGUUGGAAGCGAGGGAGCUGGAACCGCCCAUUCAGCCACUCAUUACCGACCCGGAGUUGGCGGAGAACUUUGCUCAAGAUUUCACUGAUCUGCCGCUGAGUCCUGUUCUGACGAAGAAGUUUGACGACUUGAUGUUUGAAAGUCAGGCUUCUAGCAAUCCUUUUGGAGGGUUCAGCUUUGUGGCUAGUCAGAGCCUUUUGGACAGUGGAGAAUGGGGAUACUAGAGGGAUGUGAGGAACGUUGGUUUUGUCUUUUCUGCUUUCUGCAUGCUUAGUAAGGUCUUCUGGAGUUCCCACAUUGUUUACAUGGUUGUCCGAGAAAAGAGCGUAAUAGAGCAACAUCACUACGCAUAGUACAGUGGUCA